GACAGGCAGAACUCUGCGCCUGCAUCACCUUCUUUGUUCACUUCUGUCAUUACUAAAUAGUGCGAUUCUACAGCUUGGCUGUACUAAUAUCCCCCUUCCUCUCGUUAUUCCCAUCUCUCUCAACUCAACUCAACUUUUUCUAUUAGCGACAUUGCAUUGGAUAGCAAACUUUUCAUCCAUUUCCGCCUGAACUUUCAUCGCGAUAUAGCGAUCUCAACAGUAAUGUCUGAAAAGGUGCUCGAGCCAUACCUUUCUCUCAUGGCGACGCCUGAGGAAGAAUGUUUGUUGGCUCCACUCCAACGUGUCAACUUUCGCUCACGCAGCACAGUUGAAGAGGACUACGACGAUUUGAUUUUCAUUAACGCUUACGAUAUCCAAAUCGAAUCUCAUCUCCAGAACAAGAAAACAAGCGACGUCACUUUCCGCAUAAAAUUCAAGUUCAGCCCAAUCGACACCUGGUCUCGCGGCUGGGCCGAAGAAAUCGAUCUUCAAAAGUACUAUCAAGACAUCGUCCUCAACUACUGGCGCAGCAUCGGCGGGCGCUGCAAAGCUACGAGAUUCAAAAUGUACAAAGUACUCAGAAUCGUGGCGGAAGAGAAAAACAAGUAUCGCGUUCAGUGGGUUGGGUAUAAUGGUGGGGAGGAUACGAAUCUGGAGCCCAAGAAGAAGGUCUGGUCGAUCGCGCCCAAAGCUGUUCUUGCGUGGAAGACUCGAGUGGUGGAAUAGGAUGGGGGGUAUUGGGCAUGAAGCGGCAAAAAGUAAUUCUUUCUGAUUGGUGGCGUCAGGGAUACCCAGCGUUGAUGUUUUGAGCGGGCGUUUGGUAUUUUUCAUAUUGGAUACAUCAUACCCAUAGCGUGUUUUUCCUUUUGUCAUCACAGCCUCGCGCAAGCAAAAUUUCAGUUUAUUAAUAUCAUUUCGAGUGCUAAGCAAUAGCGCUCUUGAAUAUCCAAGUCUACAU